AUGUGUCUCUGCAGGAUCUCUCUAGUCCGGAACUGUGAGAAGCUUCCGGCCCAGGACCACUUCAUCGUGCAGGAGUACCUGGACAAGCCCUUCCUGAUGGAGGGCUACAAGUUUGACCUGCGCAUCUACGUCCUCCUCACUUCCUGCGACCCCCUGCGCAUCUUCCUCUACGACGACGGCCUGGUGCGUAUGGGCACCGAGAAGUACCACGCCCCCAGCGAGGACAACCUGAGCCAGCUGUUCAUGCACCUGACCAACUACUCGGUGAACAAACACAACCACAACUUUGAGCGAGACGUGACGGUGGACAAAGGCAGCAAGAGAUCAGUCAGCUGGUUCACUGAGUUCCUGCACUCCUGUGACUACGACGUGUCCAAGUUCUGGGGGGACAUCUCUGAGCUGGUGGUGAAGACUCUGAUCGUGGCCGAGCCUCACGUCCUCCACGCCUACCGCAUGUGCCGCCCCGGCCAGCCACCAGGGAGCGACAGCGUCUGCUUCGAGGUCCUGGGCUUCGACAUCAUCCUGGACCGCAAGCUCAAACCUUGGCUCCUCGAGAUCAAUCGAGCGCCGAGCUUUGGGACGGAUCAGAAGAUUGAUUUGGACGUGAAGAGAGGAGUUCUGCUGGGCGCUCUGAAACUGCUCAACAUCAGAGCCAGCGAUAAAAAACGCAACCUGGCCCAGCAGAAAGCCGAGGCCCAGAGGCGUCUCUACGGCCACGGAUCUGUGAAGAAGCUCUCGGCUGCGUCCUCGGACUGGGAGAGACAGCGGCACACCUUGGAGCGAAGGCGGGAAGAGCUCAAAGAGCGACUGGCUCAGGUCCGCAAGCAGAUCUGCAGAGAGGAGCACGAAAAACAACAUCUGGGAAACUACCGACGUAUUUACCCCCCAGACGACAAGCUGCUGUUGGAGAAGUAUGAAAGCCUGCUCUCUGCCGCCUUUCAGACCUUCCUUGCCGGGCGAGCUGCCUCACUUCAGAAGGAAAUGAAUAAUCCUCUGAAACAAAUGAAGGAGGAGGACAUCUUGGACCUGCUGGAGCAAUGUGAACUGGACGACGAGAAGCUGAUGGGCAAAUCCUCCAGGCAGCGCGGCCCUAAGCCCCUGAGCGCCAUGCCCGAGUGCAGCCAGACGCCACGUCAGCGACCGGACUACCUUGCCCACUUCGGCAGCGGCGCUGAAAACUCCUGCUCUUCGUCAGAGGAAGAGGACGACGAGAGGAGGAAGGCGGGCGGCGAGAAGAGGGAGAAGAAGGUCUCCUACGACCUCCGGGUCAAGGACAAGAACUUGGCUGAGCGCUCAGGCCGCAUGCAUUGGAAGCCAGCAGUCAAGCCCACCAAAACAAGCCCCGCCCCCUCCGUGUCUCCGACCCCCUCCGGACCAAUCAGACGCUCCAUCUCCUGUCCCCGCUCCAUCGCGUCCUUGUCGUCGCCCGGUGAAGUGCGAGCUCCGUCCACAAGACCCGCCUCUCACGUCGCCACGCUCGCGCGGCCCGGCUCCGCCACGCUGCGCUCUCAUUCGCUGAGUCGCAGUGGCUCCGCCCACCGGGUGCCGCACAGCAACAGCUUGGGAACCAUCCAGUCCAGCAUGGGCGAUCCACUAAUCAACCUGAGGAGUCAAGAGCAGGAGGCGGAGCUUGUGCGUCAAACACUGACUGCUCUCAUGGCCAUGAGGAUACGAUUUCCCGGUAAAACGGAGGAGGAGGCGGAGUCAGUGCUGGAUGAGAUCCUUGACCAGUGGAAACAUCACAAGGCGAAGGUGGCGUCCUACUGGCUGGUCAAGCUGGACUCCACCAAGCAACGCAAGGUUCUGGACAUCGUGAGGACCAACGUGCGCUCGGCCCUGCAGCGCAUCUGGAAGGAGCUAGAUGUGGAAAGCCUCCACCUGUAUCGCCUCUUCAACCGCGUCUUCAGCAGGCUGCUGUGGAGUCACGGCCAGGGACUGUGGAACUGCUUCUCCAACUCUGGGUGGUCCUGGGAGAGCAUCUUCAGCAAGAGCAGCGAGGUGAUCUCGCCCGAGGAGCGUCACUGCUGCCGCAGGCUGGUGCAGCUGUGCCGCGACUGUUUACUGGUGGUCUACAAGUUCGUCUCCGAGUCCCGCGGCUCUUUGACCGGCCUCAGCCCCGAAUGGGACGACACCAGCCUACCAUUGGCUGCUGGACCAGCCUCUACCACAGGCACCACCCCUGCUGCUGUCGCCGCUUCCUCCUCCGCCGCCUCUCCGCCCCCUGAUGCAGAUACUGGAACGCUGUUAGCAGGAGCUGCCUCACUGCUCUGUCUCGCUGGAAGGUGUCAUAGGAACAUCUGCUGACUCCUCAGGUGUCUCCUGGUCUCGGGUUCUUCAUGAAGUGGUUCUUCAUCCAGCUUUGGUCGCUCCACGCUCGCGACCUCUUGGCCAAGAUGGACCUCUUGUGAGGUCACGCUGGCCUCAAUGACCUUUAACCUCCGGGUGACUUCCUGAGUGUGACGCUGAGACCCAGGUCCAAGGUCCAAAGUCCAAGGUCCAAGGUCCAAGGUCCAAGGUCCAGGGCUUGGACUGAGAACCUUCCAACAUGUUGAUGCUGUUUUCUCCCACAUGCAGUGAAUGCCUCACGCCUUUACAGAAUAUUAGUAUCUCUUUUUCUUGAUGUCUGAAAGCCAUUUUAGGAGCGAUACUUCUCACCUGUGCGAUACUAAGUCAGGUGUCAAUAUCCACAUCGAUCCGAUAUCAGCAGAAAAACAACCAGCAUGUAUUGUUAUGAUUUAGUCUUAUUAAUAAUAAUACAACAAAUGGUAAUAAGUGCUUAAAUAGAAAUGUAUUCUUAUUUUUCUUUGUCAAAUAAAAAAUAUUGUUGUGAUAAAACAAAAAUUACAGUUUAUUGUGAUGAUUAUUAUCAUCCAAUAAUAAACAAAAAAGUGUCUACUAAUUAUGGUUAUUUGUAUUUUUAUCAAUGACUAAUAUGAAUAAUAUUAUUUAGUAAUAAUAAUUUAUAAUCACCAGAAAAUAACAUUAUUUCCCUAUAUUUGACCAUUAUUAAAUAUAAAUAUUUAAUAAUAAUAAUAAUAAUUGAUCAUCACCAGAAAAUAACACGAUUUCCCUAUAUUUGACCAUUAUUAAAUAUAAAUAUUUAAUAAUAAUAAUAAUAAUUGAUAAUCACCAGAAAAUAACACUAUUUCCCUAUAUUUGACCAUUAUUAAAUAUUUAAAAAAUGUUCCCCUAAAUAAAUACAAAUCAGGAUCAUUACUUUUCUUCAAUAAAUAAAAAACUUUUUUUUUCUGAUAAAACUAAAUAUAAUAUUCCUAUAAUUGUAUUCUGCUUGUGAUGUAUUGUAUUAUUAUUAUUAUUAUUAUUAUAUAAUUCCCAUUAUUUAAAAAUAUUUGUAUUUUUAACAAUGGCUAUUAUUUAAUUUUUCAUUUUAAUGUUGACUGUUAUUAGCAAUAGCAAAUAAUAAAAAGUCUUCCUUUGUUAGUUAAACAAUUAGAAAAUAAAAUAUGUUUGUUCUGAUAAUGAAACCAAAAGUAUGAUAGUCCUAUAAAUAUAGUAGCAUUGUGUUGUCUCCUAGGCAGUGUUAGAAAGUCUCCAGGAACAAACUUGUCUUGCUGCAUCAUGGGCUAAAUUUGGUGAAUUAUCACCAAACUUCAACUUAAAGACAGCAUAAGUCCAUUCCAGACAGUUAAUAAUAAAUAGUUUGACUCAUUUCACUCGACUUUUCUAACAUUCACACCACUAGAUGAUACAAGCCUCUAUGGUUCCUGCUGAUAUCGCAUCAAAUCAGUAUCGACCAGUGGUAUCGGAGGUGACGGGACCUUUGGAAUGUUGACGUGUGUGGCAGGAAGAGACGGAGAAGAAGGCGGAGCUAAAGAUGGCGACAGCAUACUGCGACUCCUUCCACGCUUCUCUUGAAGGCCUUUUAGCGCCUCCACUCUUUCUCUGCCGGUUUACUUGAAUGUGCUAGAAGUGUCAGUAAGAAGUACACCUUCAGUACCUUGGAUGAAGUACUUGGACCUGUUGGAUGUGUCUCGCUCCUUUGUUGUGCCAAACAAAUAAAUGACCUUCUCUACAAGUCCUGGACUAA